UUGGUCAUUUUAGUUUUUGAGUGCUAUUUUGUGAUAUAAACUUAGAAAUGUGCUAUUUUGGAGAUUUGCCCAAAAUUAUUCAUCUUUAUUUUUUAUAGGAAUACUAAUAUUUGAAGUUCAUUGUUUAGCAGUUUCAAGAUAUAUUCAUCUAUUUCUUAUAUAGGAUAGUGGCCAUUACCAAAACCAACGCAUUUUCUAGGCGACAGAUACUGUGACGUUGUAAUCAUAUUUUAAGUUGUGUAUAUAAAAACUAAUGUCAUUGUUGCAAUUAUUUAGAUUAGAAAGGAAUUUUGGAGGAAAGACCAAAUGAAACUUUCAAGGAUAUUAACAAAAAUAUUUGUUUAGCCAAUUUAUAAGAAGUCAAAUGCUCACCUGAGGUUUGUGUAGCGUCUUGGUAUAAACAAAAAAGGUUUGAAUAUGAAAUAGUCGAGCUUUCUUGAAGCUAUAAAUAGAUAUAGCAACUGACACAAGUAACUUCAAACUCUAAAACAACAUAAAAUGGCCAUUACCUCCAAAUCCAUAGCUCUAACAAUAAUCUUCCUAUUACUUUCUGUUUCUUGCGCCUCAAGUCAACAAGAAACCAAGUUUCUUAACCAUGGCUUUCUUGGUGCUAACCUCCUCAAGUUCGGUUCUUCCAUUGUCCACCCUAGUGGCCUCUUGGAGCUGACAAACACUUCGAUGAGGCAAAUUGGUCAAGCUUUCCAUGGCUUUCCCAUACCCUUCUCGAAACCUAACUCUUCGAAUUCGAUUUCUUUCUCCACAAGUUUCGUCUUCGCCAUCACUCCAGGACCCGGCGCACCAGGCCACGGCUUGGCUUUCGUCAUUUCACCCUCCAUGGACUUUAGCGGAGCCCUUCCCAGCAAUUACCUAGGCCUCUUCAACACCUCCAACAAUGGAAACUCCUUAAACCGCAUCCUCGCAGUUGAAUUCGACACCGUGCAGGCCGUUGAGUUGAGCGAUAUUGAUGAUAAUCAUGUUGCUAUCGACCUAAACGGAGUGGUCUCCAUUGAGUCUGCAACAGCUGCAUACUUUGAUGACCGAGACGCGAAGAACAUAAGCUUGAGGCUGGCAAGUGGAGACCCAAUCAGAGUCUGGAUCGAAUACAACGCGACAGAGAUGUUGCUCAAUGUCACGUUGGCUCCUCUAGAACGUCCAAAGUCAAACGUGCCUCUUCUCUCAAGAAAAAUGAAUCUUUCCGAGACUUUAUCCGAACAAAACUAUGUUGGAUUCUCUGCAGCCACAGGAACCGUCACGAGCACGCAUCUUGUUCUAGGCUGGAGCUUCAGCAUAGAAGGGAAAGCCACAGAGAUUGACCUAACAAAGCUUCCUUCUAUUCCAAAACCGCCUUCUCCACCGUCUCCAUCCUCAACUCCUCCAGUUUCAGUCAAGAAGGAUUCGAACAACACUAAGCUCAUCAUAAUCUUCGCUGCAUCAGCAACAGGCGUAAUCAUGAUCCUGGCUCUCUUAGGGUUUUGGCUCUUCCGUAGAAGGCAAGUAUUCUUCACAGCAGGCGCAAGAAAAUUCUCUCACCAGAUGAUAUCAAGCGCGACGGGAGGUUUCGACAACUCUAGACUUCUCGGAGAGAGAAACUCAGGAAGUUUCUACAAAGGGAACCUUACUCCUACAGAGAUUAUAGCAGUGAAGAAGAUUACUUGCACCACAAGGCAACAGAAGACAACCCUAAUAGGGGAGAUAGCUUCUAUCUCAAGGCUAAGACAAAGAAACCUUGUUAACCUACUUGGUUACUGCAGCAAAGGUAACGAGGUUUAUCUCGUCUACGAGUACGUCCCCAACGGUAGCCUAGACCGGUUCUUGUUCAGCAAUGACCGACCGGUUCUCACAUGGUCAGACCGGUUCUGUAUCAUAAAGGGUAUUGCGGCAGGACUUCAAUACCUUCACGGCGAGGGUCAAAGACCUUUGAUUCACGGAAACGUGAAAGCCAGCAACGUACUCUUAGACGAAGAGCUACACGCUAGACUAGGAGACUACGGACAAGGAAUCAGGCACAGCAGCACCACGGGACACGUGGCUCCGGAGCUAGUCGAGACAGGGAAGGCUACGCGUGACACAGACGUGUUUGGUUUUGGGGUGUUGGUUAUGGAGAUAGUCUGUGGAAGGAAAGCCAUAGAGCCGACAAAACCACCUGAAGAGAUCAGUUUAGUGAACUGGGUGCUUCAAGGGUUCAAGAAAGGCGAUCUUUUACAGAGAUGCGACACGAGAAUGAACAGAGACGAGUUGGUGGCUAGAGAAGUGUUACUGGUUCUGAAAACCGGACUUCUGUGUGCUAACCGGUCUCAGGAAGCUAGGCCAAUGAUGAAGCAAGUAGUUGGGUAUCUCGACGGUACAGAACGUCUCCCUCAUGACGACUAAAAGAGGUUGUUGUAUUUGAAGCAUUUUCGUUUUGUGGUUGUGUGAAUUUAAAGAUAUGACCAAAAGUAUUAAGCAUGAUGCAUGUGAAUAAAACAAGAAUUGUAUACUCCAUUUGUAAAUUUGAAAAUAAGAAAGAUAAUACAUUACUUUGUCUUGAAUAAUGGAUACAAUAAGUAGUGUGUGUGGCUAUAACACAAGUCUCAAGAAACUUUGUGAAAAUUUGACCCAAGAAAAAAAAAACUGUGUGAAACCAAAUGUAUUUUAAAUGCAGUCUUUAGACAAAGCAAGGAAACAAACACGACAACAAAAUAUCCAAGGUGUUGGAUCUUACGCUACACCUAAGCCACAGAGACUCCUCACACUAAAUCUUCAUCAUUUCUAGACAGCACUUUCAGAUUAGACGAUCAAGUAAUGGGCAACAUAGCAGCGCUUCAGCUUGUGUUAAGUAUUGGAUUUAAAAGGGUAACGUAUUAAAUACUUCUGUUACAAGAUAUUGCAGUUUGGUAACGAAACAUAGAAAUUACCAUUGUUCAGAAAAAAUAUAUAUAGGAGACACAACUGACAGAACAGAACAAAAGGUUGAAAAUAUGUUAGGAUUUAAAACAAACAAACAAAAGCCAUGACCUGCCGAUUCUCACAUGGUUAGAUCGGUUAUGUAUCAUAAAGACAAUUGAUAGCAACAUACUAUUAGACAAAGAGCUAAACUCUCGAGUAUGAGACUAUGGACAAUGAAGCAGACACAGCUCAGGACAUUCAGCACCAGAACUAAUCAAGACGGGAAAAUUGCAAGAGCUUAAGGUCAGGCCUAUGCUAAUCUAAGACGCACAAGAAAAGAGAUUGUGUACUUCACCUUAACCAAGUCAAGACAUAAAUGAGAUAAGCCACUUUCUUAGCCAAGUCCUGUAGUUGACACUACUCAUCUAACAACAAAAUCCCAAAGGACAAGCAUGUUUCAGUAUCAAAUGGUAUGUGACAGUUUAUUUAUGCAAUAUUA